UCUUUAUAAUUCUACAUUAUAAUAAAUACUUAAUUGUGUGUAAACUUAUUAAUUUUAUAUCGAUAUAAUGGCUAUAAGUGCAUCUUUUCAUCGAAAUGUACUUUUAUUAUCUCAAGUUAUUCAGCCUAGCGAUGAAUUGAAGAAAUACUUUCGUGAGGGAAUGUUUGACAAACCCAACACAGCAGGUUUUCUACACGUUUCACACUAUUUAUUGACAAUAUACGAUUCAGAACGUUUUAAGAAACUCAUUGAAUGGCCUGUACUUUGUAAAAAAACAGAAGCAAAGUAUCGUAACAAUGUCAAAGAUUAUUUAACAGUUAUAUCUGCAGAAAAUCUUGACAUUGGUUUUCCAAAUAUACAUAUGUCUCACUUAAUUCAUGCAGGUGGAAGUAAAUUUACAAUCAUUAUGUGGAAAUUAUCUCAAGUAGUUAUAAGAAGAUACGUUAUGCGAGAAACUACUUUCAAUGUUGUAUUUGCACCACAAGUAGGAAACAAAGGAAACAUAAUAAAACAAUUUUUACAAGAAAGUAAUACAAAAAUUAAUUGCAAUAUUUUGAGUCAGCAUAAAAAUUUAUCUAAAAUGAAGGAUUUAACUAAAUCUGUUAUAGAGAAAGAAACACAAACACUAGAUAAAAUUAUAGCAGAAAUUUUUGAAAAAGAACUGUUAAUUGGAAGUCUCUCACAAACAGCACCUGUACAUGAUUCAAUUAAGAAAUAUCUGAAAGAUAUAAAUAAUGAAGAAAUAAUAAAAACAUGGAAAAUGAAUAUAAAUAAAAGUUUGAAUCAAUUUGAUAUGCAAAAUAAAGCUUUAAAAGGUAUAGAACAACUUGUUGAUAAAGUUAAUAAUAUAAUAAUAAAUAAUAGCAGUGACAUUAAAAUAUUCAAUGCAAAACAAUUACAAAAAAUAAAUGAUUUUGAAAUAUCAGAAUUAUUGCCUCCAAACAUGCAAUUUUUCCCUUACUCAGUUGCAAAAACGACUAAAAUUAAAUAUGUUAGAAGACUUCUCAGAAUGUUUAUUACAAAUAGAAGCUAGUUACAAAGAUAUAAAAGCAGCAUUCAAUAUAAUACAAACAUAUUUAGUAGAUAUUACCAAAAUGAUAUCUGAAACACAAGAUAUUUUAUGUCAAAAAAAUAUAACACAAAUUCAUGAUGAUGAUGUAUUACCCAUAAUGAAUAAUAUAGUCGUUAUGUCGUCGCCUCUUAUUAAAAUUGAUACAAAUUGUAACGAUGAAGGAAAUAAUCUUCAGAAGAGGCUACAAUUAACUCCAGUAGAAGCUCCACAUAAAUCACUAUUUUUAAGAUAUAAACGUUUGAAACAAGAUUAUGCAUCACAUGGAUCAAAAUUAAGAGGAAAUUUAUUAGUAUCACGAAUUAAUUUUGAAGAUACAAUGAUAAAUAUAAAUAAUGAACUACCAUCUUUACACAUGAAUGUGAUGUUAUCUAAAAAAAAUAUAUUGUCUUCCAAACAGGCAGAAAAAUAUUCACGAUUAUUUUCAACUCGUAUGAAAAAAAAUAAUAUAGCAGCAACAACAGCAAAUUCGAGCAUAGCAUCUGUACCUUGUUCUUCAAAAGCAAAUUCCACAGUGCUUACAAACGCAAUUGAAGAAAUGCAUGAUAUAUCAGAUUUUAGUCUAAACAUUUCAACAAAAAGUCUCUGUAACAUAAAUGCAGAAUUUGCUACUCCAGAAAAAUUGACCGCGAAACAGGAUAAGUCUGAAAACAUGUUAGAAAUAGAAGAUAUAGUAAAUGAGUUUCCAAAUAAAGCUAAUGUGCUUGAUAUAUGUGAAACAAUAGAAGCAGGAAUUAAAAAUAAUGAUAAUAACAUUAAUAAAACCAAGAAAAGACGUUCCAUUGGGGAUUUACUUGAACGUUAUAAAAAAUUAGUUGAAACACGCAAUCAUACAUCAAAACUUAGUUAUGUAGAAUAUGAUAACAAAGAGUUGUAAGAAUUUACAAUUUAUAUUGUAGAAUUGACUAUUUACAAACAUGUAUGCAAAAAAAUACAUUUUUAUAUUUUUCUUAAGGUUUUGUUGUUUUUUUCUUCCUUUAUUAAAUAAAAUGCAUUUACCAGGUUACAUCAUUGACUAA